AUGUCGUCUCUAAGUCCGCGGUGGCCAAGUUCGGCUUCAAGAUCGAACCACAUCCUCGCCCGUCGUCCUUGGCUUUAUGAUCAUGAUGUUAUGCAUUUUGGGCGUAACAACAUUUAUGAAUUUCUUCACAAUGGCAAAACUAUUCAUCUCUUACCGGCCAAACCCUCGAACCCCCCAAAGAAAGCAACACCCACUCAUAUGCCCAAAGGUGUCAUCGACGCUUGUCUUCACUUAUUAUCUUUUAAAGACUUCGAGCGUGAAGGUCAGGACACCGGGCUUAUGUUUGCCUUGGUUGCUAGAGCAUGCUCACAAACCACUCUUGAUUCUCACACUGACUUUCCACCCGAGGUCACUUCUCUAAACAAAUUUAGUGAUGUUAUGCCUACCAACCUACCUGAUGAGCUUCCUCCUAUGCGGGAUAUUCAACGCGCUAUCAACCUUUUCUCUGGCUCUCAGCUGCCAAAUCGACCCCAUUCUAGAAUGAACCUUGCUGACCAAGCUAAACUCAAUAGACAAAUUGAAACUUUACUCAAUAAAGGUUUUAUUUGUCCUAGGCUUUGCCCUAGUACAGUUCCAGUCUUACUCACCCCAAAGAAGGACGGAUCGUGGCACAUGUGUUUUGAUAGUCACGCCAUCAACAGAAUCACCAUUAUCUACCGAUUUCCUAUCCCCACGACUUGA